UGUGUCUCUGUCUGUGUGUGUCUCUGUGAGUGGGUCUCUGUGAGUCUGUGUGUGUGUCUGUCUGUUUGUUUCUCUGUGUGUGUCUCAGUGUGUCUGUCUGAUAGUUUCUCUGUGUCUCUGUGUGUGUCUGUCUGUUUGUUUCUCUGUGUGUGUCUCUAUGUGUGUGUCUGUCUGUGUGUGUCUCUGUGUGUGUCUCUGUGGGUCUCUGUGAGUCUGUGUGUGUGUCUGUCUGUUUGUUUCUCUGUGUGUGUCUCAGUGUGUCUGUCUGAUAGUUUCUCUGUGUCUCUGUGUGUGUGUCUGUCUGUUUGUUUCUCUGUGUGUGUCUCUAUGUGUGUGUCUGUCUGUGUGUGUCUGUGUGUGUGUGUGUGUGCAGUGAGAUCAGUGUCAUGGCGGACACCAGCAUCAUGUCGGUUUGUUGUCGAGCGUCAGUUCUCGCUCUUUGUUUCCUCGUCUGCUUCCUUCAGGUUCUCAUCCAAGGACAAGUUUUCCUUCGGGCUCCGCAGGCGCAUCACGUUCUGCUGAGAACCCGACGGGCCAACUGGCUGCGUGUGGAGGAGGUUCUGCCGGGGAACCUGGAGAGGGAGUGCUACGAGGAGCGCUGCAGCUUCGAGGAGGCGCGGGAAUGUUUCGAAGACACAGAGAAGACGAACUCCUUCUGGACUCUUUACUACGGUGAGAGUUCAGGCUCCACGCUGCAGGAAGACGGGGAUCAGUGCGAGCCCAACCCCUGCCUCCACUCAGGAAACUGCACCGACCUAGUGGGCGGGUUCCAGUGCUCCUGCCCCGCCCCCUUCUCAGGAACCCACUGUGACCAGUGGGACGCAGAACGACUCCCGGCCACCGCGCUGCAAGUCUACGCACCAGGUGCAGAAUGUCCGACCGGCGGUCCGACCGCCUGUCACCAGACCUGCACGCUGACCCACCACGCCCCCUCCUUCACCUGCUCCUGCACCAAGGGAUUCAAACUACAGACCGACCGGCGCAGCUGCGUGCCUGAAGGGGCGUUUCCCUGCGGACGACUUCCUGGCAACGCGACCACGUCUACGUCCUGUCAUGGAAACUGUCCCUGGCAGUCGAGCUCCUGUGGUGCGUUUGUGUUCCGCCUCCAGGUGACGGUGCUGAACAGUCGGGGGGCGGAGCUGUGUGGGGGCGCGGUGCUGGGGCGGCGCUCCAUCCUGACCGCCGCCCGCUGCCUCGUGCUCGACUCGGGAUCUGAACCGCGAGCGUCCGACCUCCGCGUGCUCGCCGGCAACAGGCUCCUCCCCCUCCGAGAUCUGAAGAUCCAUAACCUUUUUCGAUUAGAUCACCAUGACAACGACCUCGCCCUCCUGGAGCUGGCCCGCCCCCUGCGCUUUGGCCCCUCCCUCCUCCACCUCUGCCUGCCCACCAAGGACUUCAGCGAAAACAUCCUGAUGCAUUCUGGGAGGACGGGCGUAGCCGGGAACCAGGAGCUGGUCUACCUGACGCUGGACGAGUGUCGCGCUGCAGCAAGCGGCCAGCGGCCAAUCAGCAACAAGAUGUUCUGCAUGCGGCGGCGCAGCGUCCAGGAGGCGGAGCCACACGAGAUCGGCCCUUUAAUGGACAGGAGGCAGGAACGACCUGUGAGGAAGGAAAAUGGCCGCCAGAAUCCCUACAGUCAUGGUGGACACCAGGGGGCGCCAGUCGGAGCCACAUUUAAAAACAGCAGCAGUUUGAAUAGUGACGAUCCGACGCCUUCAGGAUCAGACGCUGGUUCGAGGUCAGAGGUCGGCGGCGGCGGCAGGCGUAGCAGCGGACCGUUUCCAGGAUCGCCCGUCGCCACGGUGGACCGGGGGACGGCGUUUCUGACCGGGCUGAUGAUCUCGACUCCCGCAGCCAGCGACAGCCUCGUGUUCACGAAACUGUCCCGCUACCUGACCUGGAUCAAACCCAGUCUGGAGGCGGCCGAGAAUCGAAUGACGCCUCAAGUCCACCAUUAUCCAGAGUCCCGCUAGCAACUCGCUAGCAACUCGCUAACAGCUCGCUAGCAACUCGCUAGCAACUCGCUAACAACUCGCUAGCAACUCGCUAACAGCUCGCCAGCAGCUCGCUAACAACUCGCUAAAACUGCACCAUCUUUGAAACGCUCAGCUGAUGAGCUGGUUUUCUUCAAAAGAUUCAUCUUUACUAACAACUUGACUAAUGCAGGUGAAAAUAUUAAAUAGUUAAAAUUCCGAAUAAAUUAUAACGAAUAAAUAGAGACUUUUAAUUGAUUGAAACAUGUUUAAUGUGAAGCAGGAACUUCAACUUCCUGUCAAUCCCUCGUCAGGCUGAACCCUCACGCCUCACUCCGAGUCAUACAUUAUUAAACAUUAAUAUGUGAAUUAUUAUUGAUGAAAAAUUCAAACUGAAUAAAAAAACGUGAGUUUGUGAAAAUCUUUUUUUUCUUUUUGACCUGAAAAAACUCAAUUUUAUUUAAUGUAAAUUCUCAGUUUUUGUUUAUUUAACAUCUGUAAAGUAGAAAAGUCAAAAUAUUAAAAUGUGACUGAAGAAAAACUCGAUAAGAAUAAAAUGUCUUGUGUCUCUAAA